UGGUAAAUCUCCCGGGUUAAAUGGACGACUUAAAUGAUGAUUCGUUUGACGAUGUCUUGGCUUCCAUGGAAAUGCCUACGGCUCCAAAACAGGCCAAAUUGCAGACGCCGUCGUCAGAGUCAUCAAGCAGCAGUUCCAUCAUUGCAGGCGCAGUUAAAUUACCGCCUUCCAAUCCGCACAGCGUAUUAGUUCACAGUAAACAACGCGGUAAUCCUAUAUUGAAAUGUAUUCUCAACGUUCCACUGGAGUUUCGGGAUGACAUUGUGCCUGACUAUGUGGUGGGUCGCACUUCGUGUAUUCUGUUCCUUUCACUCAAGUACCACAAUCUGAAUCCCGAUUACAUUUGCCAACGACUCAAGAGCCUGGGCAAGAUGUAUGAGCUACGGGUGCUCCUGGUGCAAGUGGACACACCGGAACCACACAAUGCCCUAAAGAGCUUGACGCGAAUUGCGUUGCUCGCUGAUCUGACGAUGAUGCUGGCCUGGAAUGCUGAGGAGGCCGGCAAGAUCAUAGAAACCUAUAAGCAGUUUGAGAAACGUCCGCCUGACUUGAUAAUGGAACGCGUGGAUUCCAAUCCUCAUCAAAAGCUUGUGGCGGCUCUUACCAACAUAAAACCCGUGAACAAAACGGAUGCAGUGACUCUGCUGCAAAUCUUUGGCAAUCUGGAGAACCUCAUCAAUGCCAGUGAGGAGCGGCUGUCCCAGGUGAUGGGUCUGGGUCCUCGGAAGGCAAAGAAAUUAUACAAAACACUGCAUGAACCCUUUCUUAGCAAGUAGCAUUAUAUACUGUAACAGUUAUUUAUUACAAUCCAAUAUACCUAAACAUAUAUGUACAUAU